AUGGGAACGACCGUUGCAACGAAUGCACUGCUUGAACGGAAAGGCGAGAAGUUUGUGUAUCUGACCACCGAAGGAUUCAAAGAUGUUCUGAAGAUCGGAACGCAAGCCAGACCGGAGCUUUUCAACUUGAAGGUACAGAAACCGGACAUUUUGUACGAUUCCGUCAUUGAGGCCGAGGAGAGAAUAACCGUGGAGACUUCUUCUGACGAUCCAAACGAGGUCGUCAUCGACGAGUCCGAUUCGGCAGUGAAAGCCACUAGUUCAGGAACACAUGUUCGUUUGAUUAAGCCUCUGAACACCGUUGAUCUUACAACCAAGCUGAAACAGGCUUAUGACCAGGGAUACCGUACUUUGGCCAUCUGUUUUGCGCAUUCCUAUUUGUACGACAAGCACGAGCUAGAGGCUGCCAAGAUUGCCCAGGAAGUUGGGUUCGAGUUUGUCAGUUUGUCGUCACAGGUGUCCAGAACAGUGAACUAUCUUCAACGAGGUAAUUCGACCUGUAUCGAUGCGUAUCUGACGCCACACAUCCAGAACUACAUCCGCAAGUUUCUGAGUGCGUUCAGCACGGUUCCCAAGGUGGAGUUCAUGCAGAGUGACGGAGGGUUGACCGAUGCCAAAUUGUUCCGUGGUAUCAACGCUAUUUUGUCUGGUCCUGCCGGAGGAGUCGUUGGAGUGGCAGAGACGUGCUACCAAAACACGCCGUUGGUUGGUUUCGACAUGGGCGGUACCUCGACGGACGUUUCGAGAAUCGACGGGUCUUCGUUUGACGUUUCUUUCAACAACAAGACUGCAGGAUUGGAGAUUUCCGUUGGCCAGCUCCAGAUCCACACCGUUGCUGCUGGAGGAGGGUCUAUUUUGAAAUGGGAAAACGGUCUGUUCCACGUUGGUCCAGAGUCUGCUGGAUCUGAUCCAGGACCAGCAUGUUAUAGAAAAGGCGGUCCUCUCACAGUCACCGAUGCUAAUCUUUUCCUAGGAAGACUGGUUGUUUCUCAGUUCCCACAUAUUUUCGGUCCUUCUGCGAACGAACCGCUGGACUUGGAGGUCACCGCUCAGAAGUUCGUUGACUUGACAGCACAGAUCCGCAAAGAUACCGGGAAAACACACACUCCAUACGAAGUGGCGCUUGGAUUCUUGCAAAUUGCCAACGUCAAGAUGGCCAACUCCAUUAGAGAAAUCACCGAGUCUAGAGGAUACGUUGCCAAGAGCCACGUUCUUGUGUCAUUUGGAGGAGCUGGAUCUCAGAACUGUUCUGCUGUGGCCAGGAACCUGGGGAUUUCCCGGGUACUGAUCCAUAAAUACUCUUCUGUUCUGUCUGCGUACGGAAUUGCAAAAGCCAAGGUGUCCAGAGAGCUCAAAUCGCCGUUUGUCAGACAGUUUUCCACCAGCACCAAGGAGGAUGCUCGUGGAUUGGUUGAUGAGCUGAAACAGACGAUCGUCGAGGAGCUUUUGGAGAGCCAGCAAUUGAACAAGGACCAGAUCGAGUUCAAAGUCACUUUUGGAAUGAAGUACAAAUCGUCAAACACUGUUUUCCAAAUCGACUAUGACAGCGACAAUAUCAAAGAGCAGUUCCUUAAGACCCAUCGUCGCGAAUUUGGUUUCGUUUUGCCAGAAAGCUCGCCAAUCUUCACCUCCACUAUUUCUGUGAAGGGAAUCAGUAUUGCACAUGAAUCAUCGAAUGUCGAUAUUGAGUCGCAACUGGACAGUUUUGGCACUUCGAGCGCCGUGGAACCCCAGCAUGACAGAACACAGACUGUUCAUUUCGAAGACGGCCCAGCAGAAACCAAGGUGUUCAUGCUGACCAAUCUGCAACCAGGAAACAGAAUCAAGGGACCAGCCCUUCUGAUCGACCCAACACAGACAAUCUUGGUGGAGAAGGCAUCGGUUGCAACUAUUCUGGACUCUCACGUUGUGAUCGACAUUGAAAAGUCCAAACAGGAAUUCAUAGACGACAAAGAUAUCAACGAGAGCACACCACUCAGCAAAGCAGACCCUAUUCUGUUGACCGUGUUUGGACAUCGGUUCAUGGGUAUUGCAGAGACUAUGGGUCGGACUCUUCAACGAACGUCUGUUUCGUCAUCUAUCAAGGAACGUUUGGACUUCUCGUGUGCUAUUUUUGGGCCAGAUGGUGAACUGGUUGCUAAUGCUCCACAUAUUCCUGUUCAUCUGGGUUCCAUGCAAUAUGCCAUUCAAUAUCAACACCAUCUCUGGAAGGGCAAGCUCAAGCGUGGCGAUGUUCUUGUUUCCAACCAUCCCGAGGCUGGUGGAACGCACUUGCCCGAUAUCACUGUCAUCACGCCGGUUUUCCACAACGGAGAAAUCGUCUUCUACGUGGCUUCCAGAGGCCACCAUGCCGAUAUCGGAGGAGCUGGAAUCACGGCCAUGUCUCCAAACUCCAAGGAACUGUGGCAGGAAGGUGUUUCUAUCAAGAGCUUCAAGCUGGUGAGUGGAGGCGAGUUUGACGAGAAGGGAAUCGUGGACCUGUUCAACAAAGCAGGGGAGUUCCCUGGCUGCUCUGCAACCAGAAAAAUUAACGACAACUUGAGCGAUCUGCGUGCACAAGUCAGUGCCAACCAAAACGGAAUCCUGUUGAUGGAAGCUCUGUUCGAGGAGUACGGCAAACAAUUUGUGCAGUUUUACAUGCGUGCAAUCUGUUUCAACGCUGAACAGGCCGUUCGUCAAUUCUUCAGACAAACUUAUGAAAAGCAUCAAGGAAAACCGUUGGAAGCCAUUGACUAUUUCGAUGAUGGAACUCCUGUCAAGUGUAAGAUCACCAUUGACGGUGAGAAGGGCGAGGGAUACUUUGACUUCUCGGGAACCGGUCCAGAAACGUACGGACCAAUGAACACACCGGCCUCGAUCACCCAUUCGUGUGUGAUCUACGUUCUUCGUUGCUUAAUCAACUUGAACAUCCCGCUGAACCAAGGAUGUCUUGCUCCGUGCCACAUCGAUAUCCCUAAAAACACCAUUUUGAACCCGAGCGACUUUGUGGCCAUCUGCGGAUCCACCAUCUCAGGUCAAAGAAUCACAGACGUGAUUCUCAAGUGUUUUGGCAUCUGCGCUGCUUCGCAAGGCUGUGCCAACUCGUUUGGAUGGGGACGCGGCGGAAAAGACGUCUACACCGGCAAGGUUUCUCCUGGAUUUGCAACCGGCGAGGCUCUUGGAGGCGGUGUGGGGGCAAUGGAAGGCUAUGAAGGGGCGUCUGCGUGUAACGUGCACUGCACCAACACAAAGACCACGGACAUUGAAAUUGUGGAAGCACGUACUCCUGUGAUUGUUACCAAAUGGUGUCUGCGUGCAGGAUCGGGCGGUGCUGGUAAAUGGAGAGGCGGAGAAGGCGCUGUGCGGGAGAUCGAAGCUCGUGUGCCAUUGAGAGUGUCCAUUUUAUCCGAGCGUCGGAUUUAUGCACCAUACGGUGAAGCUGGUGGAGAAGAGGGAGCACGCGGAGAAAACUUUUGGUUCCGCAAGCAGGAGAACGGCGAUUAUGUGGUGACCAAGCUUGGAGGCAAGGAGAUCAUUCAAGUGAAGGCUGGAGAUCGUGUGCAGAUCAACACUCCUGGAGGAGGAGGGUACGGUAAGCCCGAGUGA